AUGAGCUACUCACGAAAACAAUCAACACACAGUUUGAUAAACCGAGGAACUAUCUACUCCUUAUCUUCUGGUCAUGGUAAAUGUGGUGUUGCUGUCAUAAGAGUUUCAGGGCCACAGGCAUCUGAUGCUGUUAAAAAGGUGAUAAAUAGAGACAGUUUACCAGCACCAAGAAAAUCUCAUCUGAUGAAGUUUUAUCAUCCUGUGUCCUUUGAAGCUAUUGAUAAAGGAUUAUUGCUAUGGUUUCCAUGUCCCAAGAGUUUCACUGGUGAGGAUUGUGCAGAGUUUCAGGUCCAUGGUGGUUCUGCUGUUACUACAGCUAUGUAUGAUGCUCUAGGCAGUAUACCAGGUUUACGGACAGCAGAGGCUGGAGAGUUUACUAAAAGGGCAUUUAUGAACAAUAAGUUAGAUCUGACUGAAGUGGAGGGUUUGGCUGAUUUAAUUCAUGCUGAAACAGAAAUCCAACGUAAACAAGCUUUAAGACAAAUGGAUGGUGAUUUGAGUCAACUUUAUAUGAGCUGGAGACAAAUUCUUGUUAAGUGUGCAGCUAAUAUAGAAGCCUACAUAGAUUUUGGUGAAGAUGAAAAUAUAGAAGAUGAUGUUAUUCAAACAGUGAAUGAAGAAAUUAAGAAGUUAUAUGUGAAGAUUGAAAAUCAUCUAAAAGACAAUAGAAAAGGUGAAAGACUGAGAUCUGGAGUACAUGUGGUCAUUAUUGGUCAGCCUAAUGUUGGUAAAAGUAGUUUAUUAAAUCUGUUAUGUAGAAGACCAGCUGCCAUAGUCUCACCUAUAGCUGGUACUACCAGAGAUAUUAUAGAAUCAGCUGUAAAUAUCGGUGGUUAUCCAGUAUUACUAUCAGAUACAGCAGGGCUACAUCAAGCAGAUGAUGAUAUUAUUGAAGUUGAGGGAAUCAGAAGAGCCAUUAAAAGAGCACAAGAAGCAGACAUUAAAGUAAUUGUCGUAGAUUCUACUAAACUUUUAUCAAAAAUGUCAAAUACUCAGGAUUUUAUAAGCAAACAUUUGAAGGAGCUCGGAAUUACGACUGAAUCUUCAAAUGAUGAAAUAGAUCUGUCAGAAGUGAUAUUAGUUCUGAAUAAGAUAGAUUUGCUCAAGAACAAUAUUGAUAUUAAAUCAAGAGAUCUUAAAACUAUUGCUAAAUUAUCCUGUGUUACACAAGAUGGUAUAGAUGAUUUUUUAGCCUUGCUAACAGAAAAAAUAAAAAAUUUAUGUGGUAAUCCUUUGGCUGGAAACCCUAGUUUAACACAGACUCGUCAUCGAACUCAUUUACAUAACUGUAUAUAUCAUCUCAAUCAGUAUAAACAAUAUAUAGAACUAGAAGAUGUCGUCCUGGCAGCUCAUCAACUACAUCUUGCUUUACGAGAAAUCGGCAAAAUAACUGGUAAAAUAUCAUCAGAGGAAAUUCUAGAUGUUGUCUUUAGAGAUUUCUGUAUUGGAAAAUAA